AUGGCUGUUUCAUUCUACUCGGCAGUUGGCUUCAAUUCUAUGUUAAAAGCCAAGUACCAGAGCGUGUCACAAUUUUCUGCUGGAGCUUGUAUACCUACGGCUACCCAAUUCACAUCUUCAUUCGGAACAUUUAGGCCAAAGAGGGAUAUAAGCAAGAAAAGACGGGGCUUAUGUCUUUCAGUUGCUGAUAGCAAUCGUCUUACCACAGAGACCGAUGAUAAGGCUUCUGGAAAUACUGCAAGUUCUCCUUCUGAUGACCGAUUACCAAUUGUGAAUUCUUCAUCUUUGGGUUCUUCUGCCAACGAUAGUCAGUUCCAAACUAGUGUCCUAGAUCAGUCAGGGACUCAAACCUCUGAGCCUUCCAAUGGGUCUUCAGUUUCCUCAAGCCAGGAGGGGGACGCACCUCUGUCACCUAAUAAAUCAAAAAGAUUGCCGCUAACAGCUAGGGAGAGACUGAGGGCAGCCAAGGUUCUCAGGCGUUAUAACACUGAAACAAAGCCAACUAAAAAAUCAGAUAGGGGCAAGAAUGUAUUAGAUGCUCUCAGAGACAGUGAACGUGGGAAGAAAAGAUCCGGACUUCCAGAGGCCCCUACAAACAUUUUUGACGACAGCAAGCGAGGGAUGCCAAAGCAGGGCCUAACUUGGGAUUUUCCAGGGGGUGCUGAUUUGUUUCUAAUUAUCUUCUCAUUUGUAUUUAUCAGCACGGUCAUGUUUGCUACAACUUACGUUGUUUGGAAACUUGGUGCCAUCCAUUUCAAUGAAAACUGA